CUCAUGUGGCUGUCCCCGCAAUGUUGCUACCCGCACAUUUGUGAGCUACGGUCACUUUCACUUUUACAGUCUGUGGUCACAAUUUUUUGUUCGCCCCUGCCACACUCAAUAUCAGAUUGUGAGUUGCUAUCACUAGCAGACUCACAAGGGACAUCAGAUAGCUCAUCGGAGAAGACGUCAGAUAUUUCUUGUUCUCCAAGAAAUCGCUUAGGUGUCAACCGCUUUGGUCUUUGAUCCAUAUUGAACUACUGACUGACAGCUUGCUACAUAAAGCUUGAAGAAAUAAAGGCAUUUAUUUUCCUUUGCAGGGGCAUAGAGUUACAGCGAGGUCUAGUAACUGAUUGGUCAGCAGACAUUCCAGAGCCUUAUAACGCCACUGCAAAAAGCUACAUGCUAGAGCUCACCAACGGGUGACACGCUGCCAUCAAUAUCAUGGCCUGCCAGUACACUCAGUCCCGUCUUCCCCACAGUACUCAUCGGCAGUGAAUUCUGCCCGCACCAGCACUGCCUCGGACCUGCAUGCUGGCCCACGGUUUGCGCCUACCCGCCAGGUCUGUCAGUUUGGCCGCUGCACACCACACAACCAUCAUUAUCAGCUUUAUCUACCUUUCCUGGUGCAGUCACAACUUGGUAGAGUUGCUCGUGAGCAGAAUGCACUCUCAGGAUGACCAUCAUAUGUUCACAUUGCAACUUAUGCACAUAGGCAACUGCAGGGUGAACAUGCAUCCAUCAGGCAGCAGAGAGUACUGGAAGAAUGACACAGUUGGAUCAAGGAAUUGUCCAUCCCUGGUCCACAUGGACGUAAUUCGUGGGUCCUCACAGGGGCCCAUCCUAGAUCACCACGACACCAACCUAACACCAGCAACAGAGGGAGCAUUCCACUGAGACCAUUGUGCUGUCAUGAAUGUGGCCCAGUGUGGACUGAAGAUGCUUAUGCUGUGAGACAUUCUAACCACCCAGCAGGGUUCCUGCAGAGCUCACCAACAGGGGUGACACACUGCCACCAACAACAUCAUGCCCUGCCAAUGCACUCAGGCCCUUCUUCCCCAGGGUACUCAUCGGCAGUGAAUUCUGCCCGCACCAGCACUGCCUUGGAUCUGCAUGCUGGCCCACUGUUUGCACCUACCUAGCAG